AUGCAAAAUCAAACUAGACUUCCAUAUAGUAAUGAGUUAGAGAAUUUUCUUCAUCCAGGAGCACUCUUAUUGAGGAACACACCAGUAUUGCCAUUUUCUCCAAAUAUUAAGGAGACAAGUCAAGAUAUUCUUGAAACGCAAAAUCAAACACCCCCACUAACACACUCUAAUACAGUACAAGUAGCCUCGUCAAUAGAUAGUGAGAGUGAAAAGAUUGAGAAGGAGGACGAGAUGUUGACAUUAAUAGCUACACAGAUGGAGAUCUUGAUGUAUGAUUGUGAUGGCGGAGCCUGUAUCGACGAUGGCUGGUUGUGA